ACUCACCCUGACAACACACCGUGACCGACCUUGUAAUUCGUCGUGUCUGACCGCAAUGAUAACAUCGGUUUCUUGUGCCGUGCCUUUCCCCACUUAUAUAAGUACUUUGCGUCUUCGAGGCCUCAGCCCACCGCAAUCCUGCCCCAAAGACUGUUGUCGAAGUCACUUACUUCUGUCUUGUUAUUCUAGCCAUUGGAUUGGUCUCUAUUGUCAUUAUCACCUCUCCCUUUUUGUUGAGAAACCACCCUGCUGUACGUAUGGCGCGGUAUAGUACGGGCUUCUUGGUUGUGAUCGCAUGGAUUAUGGCAAUCACAGAAGUGGCUGUCAAUAUUGUUGCAGACAUUUGGUUUCGUUUUUCGACUCUCGGAUGCAAUAAUUGGUCUCACAAUCUUCGCGGUGGGCAACUCCCUCGCGGAUCUCUGCAAAACAAACGCGAGCAUAGCCGCUUUCUUCGCCUAAAUUAUAGGUUUCUCCACAUGCUUCGGCGUGCCUAUGGUCAAAUUUGUCCUCGGCAUCGGCAUCUCCGGCUCCUUCGUGAUUUUGCAAGCCAGGGGAGAGUUGUGCACGCCAUAUGGUUAACGCGUAUUUAUUGAAUUUGUGGGGAAGUGGAUGUGACAGUCUGAGAUGGUGAGAGGGAUGCAUAUGCACGCUCGGAGUUUUUGAAUGAACAAGGACAACACUUAGAUUUACUCAUUGAAUAUAUUUUUAAGGUUACGUCUGCUACUACUCGAAGCUAUUUCAAAGGUUACACCUCCAUCUCCCUGGACCACCUUAUAUAUACUUCUUAUCGUGACUUGUACCUUGACGACUUACCCUAAUUAUAUAAGGUCGUACCUGUUCAAUGAGAUCAUUCUCAAA